AUCAGCUGGUCUGCUUCGUUUCCUGACUUGAGUGUCCCGCGACUGUUUACAAAAGCUUCGUGACUUCUUCCACAGCGUCAAUGUGGAGUCUUGCGUGAACAUAAAACAAACCUACCAGGAGCAUGGUCGUGUCCGGGUCGUCGCACUUCCGCUAGGAACUGGUUAAGGUCCUGCCUGCACUUGUUUUCAUCCGCUUGUGGAGCAUGUGACCGACCGAGAGCUCCUGCAUGGGUUCUUUGCUCCGUGCGGAAGGACAGGCAUCCUCAUCGCCAUCUUCAACUCUGCAAGUUACUUGAACAUCACCACCACCACUGUAUUGGUGAUGCAGUCACCCUGACACAUCCUCUUUUUCUGAGUCUUGGCUGAGGAGACUAAUCAGGACGUGAUUAUUAGGCUGGCAGGGCCAUGCAGCACCCUAACUUUGAGACCCCCCACCCGCUCCAGACGGACGAGCAGCAGGAGACUGGCUUUGACCCGCUCAGCAAUUUCAACAAGAACCGCAGCAGAGGCUCUCUUGACAGCAGCACUCAAUCACCAUCAACCUUCCUCUCAUACAGGAAAGAAUGGGAUGACUUGUUUCUCAACAGUAAUUACCUGGCGAGGAUCCGGCAGGCAGGCAUCAGCGGUCGACUGAGGAGCAGCCGCUUUCGGAGCGUAUGCUGGAAGUUGUAUCUGGAGGCUCUCCCGGAGGACAAGAGUCAGUGGAUCAACAAAACCAAAGAGCUCCGGGCCCAGUAUGAGAAGAUUAAAGAAACUCACAUCACAAACCCUCGCAAGGCUGCGGGCCAGCAGGACUUGGUCGUCAACAACCCUCUGUCCCAAGACGAGGGGAGCUUGUGGAACAAGUUCUUCCAGGAUAAAGAGCUGAAGGGGAUGAUCAAGCAAGACGUACUGAGAACGUUUCCUGAGAUUCGUUACUUCCAGGAUGAGGAUGUGCGGACCAAGUUGACGGACAUUCUCUUCUGUUACGCCAGAGAAAAUGAACAGUUGCUUUAUAAGCAGGGGAUGCAUGAGUUGCUGGCGCCCAUCGUGUUCGUGCUGCACUGCGACCACCAAGCCUUCCUACACGCCAGCGAGACGGCAAGCCCCAGUGAAGAGAUGAAGUGUCUGUUGGACCCACUGUACCUAGAGCAUGAUGCCUAUGCCCUGUUCUCUCAGCUGAUGGAGACAGCAGAGCCGUGGUUCUCCUGCUAUGAAAGAGAAGUGAGAAGGGGUAAAGAAGAAAUGCUAAGCAGCAUCCCUUUUGCACGGCCGCAGGACUUGGGGCCAUCUGUUGCCAUAGUAACCAAAGUCAAUCGCAUCCAAGAUCAACUGGUGAAGAAGCAUGACGUGGAGCUGCACAUGCACCUCAACCGGCUGGAGAUCGCCCCACAAAUCUACGGCAUACGCUGGGUGCGUUUGCUGUUCGGACGCGAGUUUCCCCUUCAGGACCUGCUGGUGGUUUGGGAUGCUCUGUUUGCUGACAGCAUCACCCUGGACCUGGUGGAUUACGUCUUUGUGGCCAUGCUGCUCUACAUCCGAGAUGCUCUGAUCGCAAGUAACUUCCAGACGUGCCUGGGCCUCCUGAUGCACUAUCCUCCAAUCGGGGACAUCAACUCUCUGCUGCAGAAAGCUCUUUUCCUCCGCGACCCCAGAAAUCAUCCACGACCUGUCAACUACCAGUUCCAGCAGAACCUGGAUUACUACAAAACCAGGGGAGCCGACCUGAUGAAUAAGACACGUUCCAGCACAAAAGCCACUCCCCUAAACAUGAACAAGGUGUCCAGCAGCCUGCUCAACUUCGGCAGGAAGCUCAUCUCCCCAGCCAUAUCAGGAGCAUCCAGCACAGUGACACCCAUCAGCAGCGACGUGCACUCCUCGUCCUCCUCAUCCUCCUCGCCCACAAUGACCACCGCGCCCGCUUUGCCACACCCCCUUGCUGAGCCUCCUCCGUCAGUCCAAGUGCCGCCUCCUCCUCAGAACCACACCCACUCGCAGCACUACCGCAUGCUGAAAUCUGAGAGCAUGCCCGUCCAUCUCGGCAAAGAUGCACUUUCAGGUGGAGCCUCUCAGGUCUCUCUCCCAGCGCAGACUCGCACUGACGCGCAAGGCCAAACCUCCAAGACGGUCAGCUCUUCACCCAGCAUCGAUAGCCUCUCCACCGGGCGGGGUCAGUCCUGUUCCUCGCCGCCCCCACCGCUGUCCAGAGGAGGAAGCGAUGUCAGCGCCUCGUCGCCGCCCCUCUCGGCCACCAAGAAAGAGCCGUUCUUCCACAUCACUCGCUCUCGCUCUCACAGCAAGACCAUGUCCAGAAAGGAGACGGAGGAGGACUUGGAGGCCCAGGUGUCGUUCCUACAGGGUCAGAUUAACGACUUGGAAGCUAUGAGCAAAUACUGUGCCAAGAUGAUGAAUACUCACAUUUGUAAAAUCCAGGAGGUGAUCUUGCAAGAACACUUGGAAAAAGAGGAUGAGGUCCUUGUUUCAUUGGCAGGUCUCAAGCAGAUCAAGGACAUCCUGAAGGGGGCGCUGCACUUCAACCAGAGCCAACUGGAGGCUGAGGAGAACGAGGAGAUCAACAUUGCUGACAACCACUACACCUCAGCAGCUGCAGAACCAUCCCUUGGCACCGGCGUCCGACACGACAACCGCCGACCACAAGGUGGCGGUCGUGGGGACUGCGGGAGGAGGCGAUGCCCUGAUGGUGACAGGAGCGAGAGUGCUGAAGAGAAAGAAGAAGAGGAGGAGGAGGAGCGAAUGAUGACUCCACAUGAGGUGGCGUCUACCCUCGGCUCGGAGGCUAAGAACUGGGAAGACUACAUCCUCGUGUCCCAGGAAGGAUACCUGCAGGGCGCCGACGGAGGACGGUCCACUUCGGAGCGCACCCCUACCAUCAGACGAGGACGCGGCCUGGUGCGCAUGGAGCCCGAGGGAGCGCCGGGGAUCUUCAACGACCCCCUGAUGGCCGCUGCCAGCGCCUCGGGUUCAUCCAGCCCGGACGAGGGCUCCGUCAACAGCAAAGACUCGGACUUCACCAUCGUCAAUCCGAGCGAUUUGUGAACAAGUGAGCCACCGACUCCUCUCUUUCUCUUCCUUUAUUCCAUCUAGACAUAUGAGGCUGCUAUCCUUUAAGAGUUGCACAUAAAAAGGCUGUCUUUAAUCACAUAAUAUCUCCUCAGUACUGUUUAAGUCCGUGUAGAAUACUUAACCCAAAUCCACUCCUGCCACUCAUGUUUAGUUGCAAUGAGAAUGUAAAUAGUAUGACUUAAAAAUGCAAUUUAUACAUAGAGAACUCUACUCUGGAUUAGUUUGAUUCACUGUUUUCUGACUGCUAUAUACAGCAAGCUGUGUUGUUACUGUGUCCUAGCAGAGGACCUUUACUCCUCUGGUGUGGAAGUGGGAUGAUGACUUAACCAGUGCCUCUAAGCAUUCAUCUUAAUUAACCAGACUGUGAUCUUACUCUCUGUCUUUUAUGCCUGUUUUUUUAACCCUUCAUUAUCAGUUUCCAUUAGGAUGAUUAAAUGGAGUGUCAUUUUUUUUUUUAUUGAUCAGUUUUUCAUUUGUGACAUGAAACUUGGUGUCCUGUUGAAACCAAAGCAGUGCACACAAAUAAUCCAGCCCCUCCCGAAGUGCUCACUCAGCAUAACUCACUGCAAACAAAUAAAAACUGGCUACGGAC